CAGUCCUGACCCAAGCUAAGGUGUAUCCACCACUGGCUGUGAUUUCAGGAGUGACCAUGAAGUAUCUCGUUAUUGUGCUGGUAUGUGCUGUGCUCGCUGAGGGAAUCCACAGGAUCCCUCUGGUGAAGCAUAAGUCAAUCCGUGAGAGAAUGAUGGAGAAGGGAGAACACCUGCCCUACCAAGACCCCGCUCUCAAAUACUUUCCUGACGAGUUCGCUGGCUCCGCCACCAUGUACAUCAACAACUACGCCGACACCACCUACUAUGGAGCCAUCACCAUCGGUACUCCCCCCCAGUCCUUCCAGGUGUUGUUUGACACUGGCUCUGCCAACCUGUGGGUUGACUCUGUACUCUGCAACACUCAGGCCUGCAACACCCACACAAAGUUCAACCCCCAGCAGUCGUCCACCUACUCAGCUAAUGGGGAAACUUUCUACCUGCCCUACGGAGCUGGCAGUCUCAAUGGAGUCUUCGGAUACGACACCGUCAACGUCGGUGGUAUUAUCCUCACCAACCAGGAGAUUGGUCUGAGCACUGACGAGCCAGGUCAGAAUUUUGUUGUGGCCCAGUUUGAUGGUAUCCUUGGCCUGUCCUACCCUUCCAUCUCAGCAGGACAAGAGACUCCCGUCAUGGACAACAUGAUGUCUCAGAACCUUCUGCAGGCUAACAUAUUUGCAUUCUACAUGACCAGGGACGGCCAGCAGGGCAGUGAGCUGUCGUUUGGAGAAAGUGGGACAACACCAAGAUCAGGGUCAGAUCUACUGGACCCCCGUCACCUCCCAGACAUACUGGCAGAUCGGCACCAAGGGUUCCAGAUCAACGGUCAGGAGACAGGGUGGUGUGGGCAGGGCUGCCAGGCCAUCGUGGAUACAGAGCACCUCCAUGCUGACUGCACCCAGACAGAUCAUGGGAACCUGAUGCAGUCCAUUGGAGCCCAGCAGGACCAGUACGGACAGUACACAGUGAACUGUAACCAGAUCAACAAGCCUGCCUACUCUCACCCUUCACCAUCAAUGGAAUCAACUUCCCCUGCCGCCAUCUGCAUACAUCCAGCAGAACAACCAGGUCUGCUCCGUGGGAUCACCCCCACCUACCUGCCGUCCCAGAACGGACAGCCCCUGUGGAUUUGGGAGAUGUUUUCCUCAUGCAUAUCCUGCUCUGGAGAAUGCCUCCCCACCUACCCUCCCUCUGCUCCACUCUUCCCCCAUCCCAGUAUCCUGCUCGGGAAAUGCCUCCCCACCUACCCUCCCUCUGCUCCACUCUUCCCCCAUCCCAGUAUCCUGCUCUGGAGAAUGCCUCCCCACCUACCCUCCUCUGCUCCACUCUUCCCCCAUCCCAAUAUCCUGCUCUGGAGAAUGCCUCCCCACCACCCUCCCUCUGCUCCACUCUUCCCCCAUCCCAGUAUCCUGCUCUGGAGAAUGCCUCCCCACCUACCCUCCCUCUGCUCCACUCUUCCCCCAUCCCAGUAUCCUGCUCUGGAGAAUGCCUCCCCACCUACCCUCCCUCUGCUCCACUCUCCCCAUCCCAGUAUCCUGCUCUGGAGAAUGCCUCCCAACCUACCUCCCUCUGCCUCCACUCUUCCCCAUCCCAGUAUCCUGCUCUCGGAGAAUGCCUCCCCACCUUACCCUCCCUCUGCUCCACUCUUCCCCCAUCCCAGUAUCCUGCUCUGGAGAAUGCCUCCCCACCUACCCUCCCUCUGCUCCACUCUUCCCCCAUCCCAGUAUCCAGCUGGCUUCAAAGGGGCAGAAU